UGAUGCUUUUGCGGGUGGGUGGCAUGAAAAAGCUCUUUAUGAAAGCCAUAAAAACGUCAAAUAUUUCGGAUUUUGAUCUCACAUUUAAUUGUGAGAUAUAGUUCGUUGAUUCGCAUCUGUGGAUGACGCUGGAUCACAAUUUCAGCACCUGGACAGUUCCUGGUCAUUAACCUAUACUGGACACAUAACAUGGAGUCCAUAACGUGUUUGUGGGGAAACCCUGUGAGCAGGCGCGAUUUGUGCACUAGAUUGGCCUCCUUCCGUUACAACGAUGCCAUUAUCUGAAUAUGUGGAUCGUGGUGAACAUUUAAUAGCACCUUCGUGAAGGAUGAGGCUUGCAGUAAGGAUCGGGCUUUUUCGGUGUGCCCUGUAUUCUAAGCAGCAGCACGGGUACUUGGCCAAUGCAAAUCUGGAGAGGAUUGUAGCAGCCUACUCCCAGCAAGAACCGAGCCUCGCUCACACUGAUCAUCGACAAGGGAGACAUUACCAUCAUCAUUAGGAGGGCAUGGGAGUCACGACCAUACUUUCAAGAAUGUAGAGCAUUAAAGGUGUGAUAUGAGCCAAGUCUCUAAUCUCUGUUGAAAUCAAGAGUAACAAUCGUGUCGACAUCCAUUCACAGAAACAAUACAGCAACAUGAGCAAGCCCCAGGCCCUUCCCCAGGCCCAGGCCCAGGCCCAGGCCAGAGUCUCAGAGCUGGAGGUGAUCUCCCAGCAGGUGGAGGAGGACAACCAGUGUCAAAAUCCAGUCCAGCUAGGCAGCUUUGCUUACAGAGACCUGCCUCUGGCCGCACUGGACAUCUCCCUGGCCGGUUCCCAGCUCAUCUCCAACCUGGACGAAGACGACAACAGAGAGGGGUCUAACUGGCUGAAGCCGUGCUGUGGGCGGAGGGCAGCCCCGUGGCAGGUGUGUCUGCUGAGCGCUGGCUUUAACUGUUUCGUGGUGGCCUGUGUCAUCCUGGUGGUGGUGCUGCUGUGUCUGGAGCUGCUCAUCGACACCAAGCUCCUGCAGUUUAACAACGCGUUGCUGUUUGCCAGCAUUAUCCACUGGAUCAGCCUGGUCAUUCUGUCUGUGUUCUUCACUGAGACGGUGUUCAGGAUUGUGGUGCUGGGGAUCUGGGAUUACAUUGAGAACAAAGUGGAGGUGUUUGAUGGUGCAGUCAUAGUGCUGUCGCUGGCCCCCAUGGUGGCCUCAACAGUGGCCAAUGGCCCCAGCAGCCCCUGGGACGCCAUUGGCCUCAUCAUCACCCUGCGCAUCUGGAGGAUCAAGAGGAUAAUCGACGCCUACGUGCUGCAGGUGAAGGUGGAGAUGGAGAUGGAGAUCCAGCAGUAUGAGAAGGCCAAGGCUGUCAGGGAGGAGCAGCUGGAGAGACUUACCCAGAUCUGUCAGGAGCAGGCAUUUGAGAUCAGGCAGCUGCGGGCCCAUCUGGCUCAGCAGGAUUUAGACCUGGUAGCAGAGCGAGAGGCUGCCAUGCAGAUUCACCAUGUGUGGGGCAAGCAGAGCAGUAUCUUUCAGGAGGUGGACGGCCUAGCCCCUACGGGCCCCGAGCAGCGCAGCCAGGCUAAAGCCAGGGAGGCAGCGGGUCAUAGAGAUCAUGUUGUUCAAGACGACAUGAACAACUACAUCAGCCAGUACUACAGUGAGGCAAGCAGUGAUAUUGGAAUCCCAGAUCCAGCUCGUGUCAUCACCACAGCCAUAGACAUCCAUCUUCCCAACAAUCCCAGCCAGCAGCCCUCGUCUCUGGUGAGUGCAGACGCAGCGUCCGGCCUGCAGCCGACAGGCGGCUCUGUGAGCGAGGCCUCCAACGCCACCAUGUCCCACUCCAGCUUCAGUGCCCGCCAGCACAGCAUCAGCAGCCACACCCUUGGCUCCACCACCGACUGCAGCUCCACCGUCCGUGAGGCUUCCACCUCCACAGACUCCUACAGCGGCCAGCGCUGUUACCCCCCACCCUACUGUAGCCCCCUGGCCCUGGGCACACAGCCUGGCGCCAGAGGACACCCCAGCGCCGUGGUGCAGGAGUUGCUCUCCUCGCUGUCUGAGGACUCCUGUCUGGGCCAGAAGGGCCUGGACCCUGUCAACCUCAAACUGCCCAGCCCUGCUGGCUCCACCAAGACCAGCCCUGAGCUGGAGCACAGGCUCAACAUCUACAACAAGAGGAACCAGGAGAGCCGGGGAGGCUUCCACACUAAGCCCCUCAUCCACCUGCAGGCCAGUGAGCCCUUCAUGGAGGAGAAGUACAGGCUGUCUCAGGCAGAUGCCCCCGUCAACCGUCUGCCUGAGACAUAG